AAAUUCAGCAUCACCGGAUCCAAGAAUUAUUCUUAAACCAUUGUAUGAUAAUCCAGAUUCUACAUUCCCGACAAGAUUAAUUUGUAUGGAUUUGAAUCCUGAAUAUGAUUCAUCGGUUAAUCUUAGUUCAUCAUCAAUGAGUCAAGAAAUGAUAUCUCAUGCAAUUAUAUCAAGUGAUCAAAAAAAAAUUCUCAUCAGAAAAGGUGAUAUACCACCAAUACGUCGAUUAGAAAUGGAUUGGAGACGUAUUGGCGAAUUUGAUCCAUUCCAUGAUGAUGGUUAUUUUACUUGUUUUGUACAAAAUACAGAAACCAAUGGGUCGAAAACUAUUAAAUUACCAACUGAUAAAGUUCCUGUUCAAUUACCGGAGGAUCCAUUUACUCGAUUGUAUAUUUAUUCACCGGAUACUUAUGUUGUGCCGGAACUUGAUGGCAGCGCGAAAGUAAUGAUUCCUGAAGGGGAAAAACUACGU